AUGGUUGGUUAUCCAUCAGCAUUUGUUGCGCAAAGACUUGAUCAACAAUGUCCAAGUGUAUCAUUAUUAAGAGAUGAAGAUCCAACAUUAGAAUCUUUUCGAGAUAGACCUAUUGAACCAUUGUGUGUUGUACCUGUUACAACUACAUGGUUACAAUCAUUACCAUUAUCUCGUACACGUUCAUUAACAACAGAUGGUUGUAUUUGUUUAUCUAAUGAUCCUGAACUUCUUAAUCAUCAUCCAAAAUGA